AUAGAAACAAAAGGGAGCCCGGUAUACAAAUAUUAAAAAUGGCGCUGGAUUUGUGUCUUCGUUAUUCGAUACAAAGUUUUUCAUGAUUUUCAAUGGAUAAAUACUGAUUGUCUCGGUAAAAAGUCUCGAUAUGCCGUCGGGGAAAACUAGAGGAAAGAUCGACUCUUCCUCAAGGAGAAGCAACGGGAAAAGUAAGGUUUUCCAUCCAAGGAAUCCAAAGCUUGUGAAAACCAAAGUUGAAGAUGACAAGCAAUCCCCAUCUGCCUUCAUGGCCGAAAUGCAGWUGACUACAGAAGAGCGUCUAAAAAUGACAUACGAAAUGAGAAUACCACAGAUUAUUGAGCUUCUUGAUAUGUCUGAACAAACAUUGCAAAAAUUUACAUCCAUGGACAUUGAGGAGCCAAUCUUCCAACCAUUCCCAUCAGACAUUGUCUUCCAGAACUUUGAGCCUUUUCAAAAAUAUGAAGUUCCUCUYCAGUUGAGAAACAACGACAAGAUUGCACGCCUUGUGAAGGUAACCCAGACAGAUUCGCCAUACUUUAAAAUCAUCAGCCCUCUUGAUGUUGGUCAUAAGGUUGCCCCUGGUAUGGAUACUACUUUUAUUAUUCAUUUUACUCCUGAUGAGAAAAAGGACUACUACCAUGAGCUUAUCUGUAUCACUGAAAGGGAAAAGUUUCUAGUACCAGUAAGAGCUGUUGGAGCAAGAGCCAUCUUGGAUUUCCCUGAUGAAAUCAACUUUGGCACUGCACCAGUAAAGAAUACAACCACCAAAACAUUGCUUAUCAGAAACAUUGGUAACAGAGAGGCCAGGUUUCAGCUUUCUUUGGAGAAGCCGUUCUCAGUCACUCCUGAGAGUGGACGGCUGGAUAUUGGAGAGAGCUGUCAAAUCCAUGUUGAGUUUAAUGCACUUCAAACUGGCGACCACUGUAGCAAUAUGGUUUUACACUAUGAUACAGGAGAAGACAUAUACAUCGCCUUGCAUGGAGCUGCAGUAGAUUACAAUAUAAGACUUGAUAAGAACACUUUGAAGAUGGAAAACACUUUCAUUACAAGUGCAUCACAAAGAACUGUGACCAUUACCAACAGAAGUGACAUCUUGGUUCAUUUCAAAUGGACAAAGUUUGCAACCCUUCGUGAAGAAUUGCAACAAAAAGAAAGGUUUUACAUGGACCUGAGGAGACAGGAAGAAACAGAGAGGGAUGCGUUUAUUGAUGAGUGUCUUAGUGAUGUUUCUAUCAGAGAUCAGAUGUCUAUUGUCACWAGAAAGUACAAGAACAAAAUGACGGUUGUAAAUGAAGAUAACCUACUCUUUGAAGAUGACAUUGUAUCAGUUGAGCCAGUGGAGGGUGAGAUCUGGCCAAACUCACAAGCUGAAAUAUCAAUAAUUUUCAAACCUCAAGAGACCCAAAGUUAUGCAAGAACCCUGUAUUGCGAUGUGUCAGGCCGUGAGUCAAGACUGCCUUUAAGGAUCAGAGGAGAGGGUAUAGGUCCUCUUGURCAGUUCUCCUUUGACAAACUGGAUAUUGGAAGUGUGUUUGUAAAUUCAGAACACUCCUAUGAAGUGGUUUUAGCCAAUAAAGGAGACAUAGAUGCCAUUUACAGUCUGUUACCUUCAGAUACACUGUUUGGACCACAGUUUACRUUUCUUCCAUCACAAGGGAUUGUACUACCAGGCAGUUACCAAGCUAUAAAGAUUUCUUUUUGCUCUCCUGUGCUGGGAAAUUUUGAAGARGAAUUCUUGUUUGCAAUUGAAGGUUCUCCUGUUAAAAUUAAACUCUGCAUAAGUGGUUCAGUAAUUGGACCAACAUUUCACUUUGAAGUCCCAAARCUCAAGUUUGGUACUGUCUCAUAUGGUUUUGUUAACACUCGUAAUUUCAAGAUCAAAAACACUUCUCUGAUUCCUAUGACAUUUAACCUGCGAGUUCCUGCUGAUGGUGGGACAAGAGAAGAUGGCAAUGGAGUCUCUGACAACCUUCUUGAUAGCAACAUCACAGAUUCAUUAUCCAGCACUGUAAAGACGCAACCAAAAGAAUUUGUCAUUUCUCCUUGCACAGGGACAAUUCAASCACAGGAUGAAAUGCCAAUCAAAAUCGACUUUGUGUCAACAACUGUCAAAAAAUAUGAGAUGUCGUUAGUAGCAGACAUUGRAGGAGUUGGAGAAGAAGUCCUUUCACUGCCCAUCCAUGCUAAAUGUGUUGUCCCAGCUAUCACUCUUCACAGUCCAAUUCUAAACUAUGGUCGCUGUUUUUUGCAUCAUCCAUAUGAACUGCCCAUUCAGCUUGUCAAUGACUCGGACUUACCUGCAAAAUAUGAACUGCUAGCUCAGAUUGUGGAUGACCAGACACCAAUUCUGUACUCCAGCACUGAACCAAAGGGCAUAAUCCAGGCAAAGUCAGUGAAACAAGUCCCUCUACAAAUCACUGCUGAAUUUCUUGAGGAAGUUCAAACUGUUGCAUAUAUCAUGAUAUUUGGCAGUGGUGAUCAACCAUUGCCUGUUCAAAUUAACUGUGUGGGAGAAGGYCCUGUUGUCCAUGUCACUCCAACUCGCAUUGACUAUGGAACCAUACCUGUCCUGAGUGAAAUAAAAGAGACAGUCAGACUUUCCAAUGAAUCGCUCAUACCUGCACAAUUCUCUUGUGAGAUGGUUCGACCAAGGUCUCUGUUCUCUGUUCAUCCCUUGCAAGGUAUCAUUGAACCAGAAGAUGUUCUUGACCUGACUGUCACAGCAAUGAUAGACGAUACUGUCAAAUUUCAGGAUAAGCUGUCAAUCAAUAUCAACGAUAGUAAAAUCCAGACAGUAAGUCUAUUUGCAUAUGGGUGUGGCACUACAAUAGUAAGCGAGCCUCCCAUGGCUCCAAGCAUCAAGCUUGGUCCCCAGUUCAGCUGUCUUCCUUGCACAAGGGUGUUCUGCUUGAUGAAUAAAGGMAGAAGACCUCAGCAGAUCUACUAUCCAAAAAGCAAGCUUGAAAUGGAAACCAAACAAGUGGUGAUGACCAACGUGUCCUCUCUACCGCUGAUGGUCAAACUCAAGACAUUCAUGCCAUUCCAGCUUCUUGUAGAAGAUCAAAGAUGGGCUCCGCUCAAUGUGGAAUCAUCUGAAACAGAACUAUGUCUGGCUGUGUCCGAGUCAGUUCCUGUUCUUAUUCAAUUUGAUCCAGCUUACAAAGAAGACAGUGAAACACGUAUUGCAGAGAACUUCCUUGAAGUAACUUUCAAUGAUCACCCACAAAUGGACUUUGUCAAACUCAAAGGAGAAGUAUUCUUCCCAAAUCUAACCUUUGAAAUGGCUGAUGUCGACUUUGGCUGUAUAUUGAACGAUACAGAAGUGACAAGGAUUGUGAGUGUGACUAAUCACAGCCCGAUAGACUGUAAAUACGAAUGGUGUUUYAUUGAUAGCAACGUGGCUAUAGAAGACAAAGAUGAAGACGAGGGUAUUGGCGACGUUGGAUACGGAAGCCAAGACGAGAAGUCAGAAGAAAACGGGUCAUCAAACGGCAGUUCAAGGCAGAUGUCAAGACCUGUCUCAGCUCAGCAAUGGGCAGCAGCUAGCGAUCCUCUCUUUAACAUUGGCAUCGAUGAGGUCUUUGACAUACUACCUCUGUACAGCACUAUUCGUCCAAUGGAAACUCAAAAGCUUCAGUUUACGUUUUAUGGUCACGCAAAUCUCAGUGCCGAUGCUGUAGCAAGGUGUUCAGUCACCGGUGGGCCUGAUUAUGACAUUAAUCUGAAAGGAAGUGCUUCUCUUGUGCAGUAUUUCUUUGACAAGAAGACCCUUUUUGAUCAAGUUGCCAGCGAUAGUAUAAUUCUUCACAAUACUGGUAAAGUUGGUUUUGACUUCAUUGUCCUCAACAUGAACACUGAUGAAAAAGUACAGCCCGGUCUACCCAAUGUUAAUCCAUGGAAAGGACACAUCACUGCUUUUGACAAACAGGUCAUCACCAUCAAGUAUCUUCCUGGAGUACCAAAGAAGUUUGAAAAACAUUUUCAGAUCCGUGUGGCUCACUUUGAACCAGAUAAGAUCACGUUGACCGGUGAGGGUGUCUUUCCUCGUAUAUUGCUCGACCUACCCUUGGACAAAGAAGAUGAACGUUACACAGGUCUAGUGGAGCAAGCCAAAGAAAACUUAUCCAAGCAAGACAAAAUGAAUGAUGACGURCCUUUACAGUUGGUCGCUCAUGCUGUUGGUGAUCUUAGGCUUCAGAUGGAAGUCGAGAGGCUGAUUGUUGAACAACAUGCCAUUGAGAUGACACCAACCGCAUCGUCAAUAUUCCAGGCACCGAAACCAAAAACAAAGAAAACAAAGGCUAAGCCAAUCAGCUAUCUUCUUGACUUUGGCUACGUCGUCUAUGGUACAAUUCGCUCUCAYAUYAUACGCGUCACAAAUAACGGYUCCAUYCCAGCGUCCUUUGCACCUGACAAGUCUCAGCUUACYGGCACUGGGUUUGAAAUCGAGYUGGACAGAAUCAAGAAUCUUCCUGGUAGUCCAGACAACGAAAGUAUCGAGUUCAUGGUCACCUUUGAUCCYAAAGGGGCCAAUGUACCCCUGGGCGUGGUCGAUACUGUUGUACCAGUUACUACAUUAGGUGGCCCUUUGUACAGACUUCGACUCAAAGCUAAUGUAACGAUGCCGAAUAUGAGYAUUUCUACUGAUGUCUUGGACUUUGGUAGUGUGGUGUGCGGACAAUGUAAAGUCAUGACUGUUCAGCUKCAUAACUCUCAGCCAGUCAGGUGUGAUUGGUCAUCCGAACCAACGGAAGAAAAGAAGAAAAAGACGGAUAAAAUGAUUCCUCUUCACUUGAGAAAGAAGCUUCGUAACGAGCAGCCCAAGCCAAAGCAUUUUGAAGUGAUGCCUCCAGUGGGAACUUUACUACCUGGACAAAGAGUUAAUGUACAAGUCAAGUUUAUGCCGACAGAAGAGAUAACAUACAACCAGCGCGUGGUUAUUCGUAUCGCUCAAAGCACUAGUCGUAUUAUGGUGAAUGCYACAGGCCAGGGUAGUGAACCUAAGGUUGACUUCAGUUCUACGCUAGUUGAAUUUGGUCCAGUUCUUCCUCAUUCAAAUGGWGACGAGCAAGAGGUCAUUAUCAAGAAUCCGUGCGAUUUUCCUAUUGAGAUAUACUCGUUGGAGUUUGAUAAACAAUACUUAGAGGAGGAAAAGAUGCUGAGAAAUGUCAAAGGCUAUGAUGAAUACAACACCAUCCUGCUUCCUCCRAGGCAACCAGGAGAGAAGCUACCCUCAGARGUAGUGGAAUCCUAUCAACAACAGCAGACGAAGAAGGAAGAAGAGGAAAAGGCACAGGCUGAAGCAGCAGCCAAACGGCAAGCAGAAGAAGGUGGUGAAGCGACUGCCCCUGAUAUUUCUACAGUUCCUCCCACUCCUGGACUAGCAGACAAUUCCAGUGAAGUGGGUGCCGCAGAUGCUGCUAGCAGUCUUGGUGUAGGAGAGCUGGAAAUAACUCCCGUAUCUGCUGCCAUUGCMCGUUACCUAGGAAUAGACCUGUCAUCAGAGGGAAAAGCCGCUCGUAACCGCCGUGGCAUUGCCUUGGUCGUCCAUGGUGCGCCAUUCUCUGGAAAGACAGCCACAUCAGUGGCACUGGCAAAGAAAUACGGCGCGGCUUGUUUGACCGUGGAUGGAAUCAUCACUGAGGCUUUGUCAACWGGAUCAUCCUCUGCAGCUCGACGWGCCAAGGAUCUUUGUGCCGCUGCUGCUAAAUCCGCCAAAGAAGCAGAGCAAGCUGCAACUGAGUCCCUUCAGCCCAGCCACCCUGGCAGCCUGAGCAUCGAGGCAGUUGAAAARCUGGGRAGYUUACAGCCUCAUAACGCAUCAGGCUCCGUAACAGGGGCUCAAUCGUUUAUGGCCCGUGAGGGACGUAAAACAUCCACCGUUGGUGGCCCCAAGGGGGCUGGGAAAAAUGCCCCUCAGGUGCAACAAAGUACACCUCCGGAAACACCCCCGAAUGCUGCUCCCAUUGCACGUAAAUUAAGUGUAAGUGCUAGUGUUUGUGGAGAAGAUGGUYUAUAUAGCUGUAUUUUGCCUGAAGACCUGUUAGUUGAGCUGCUUUCAGAGAGAAUGUUGUUAAGUGACUGCCAGCAAGGCAUUGUGAUAGAUGGACUGGAUUCGUUGUUUGCUCCAAGUUUGGUCGCAACRGCCACUGCUAUAUUACGWGCUCUCAACAACAGAAARUACAUCUUCUUUGUGACCCUGAUGUUGACCCAUUCACGCCUGAAAACCGUUGAAGAAARACAGAAAGAACAAAAAUCCAAGUUAGACAAGUUGAAAGAAGAAGAAGAGAAACGUCGCCUUGAGGAGAUGUCCGAGGACGAAUACGAYGCUUUAACCGACGAAGAGAAGGCAGAAGUGGACAGGAAACACUUAGAACAGAAGAAAGAAAGACUGAAAAGGGAAAUGGAAAGACAGGAAAAAGAAAGAAAAGAAAAAGAACUUCAGUUGAUUUUAGAAGAGAAGCGACUUGAAGAGGAAAAAAAUGCCAAACGAAAGCGUGCAGGUCAACAGGGCGGAGCAGGAGGAGGAAAGAAAGGUCACGAGGCAAAAGACAAAAAGUUAGAAAAAAGCAGCGAGAAACUAACACCAGGUCGAGCUACAGCAGGCAUGCAAGGACAAUCGAUGGAGACACGAGGUGGUGCUCCGUCUGUUGUAUCAGAGCGCUCCGACAGCAGUGAUGUCAUCGAUGACAAAAAACGGGUUAGCAUCGCCAAAGCAUCAAAACAUCCUCGCUUGUCCUCGGCUGUGCCUCAACCSCAAAUCGAAGAGCCCAAGCCACCAACUGAAGAGGAGGAAAAGGAAAAAGAAGUCGCUAAAAAGUUCGCCCGUUUCGAGUCGAGCCUCCGCGACAUUGACAAUGUCCUGCAAUACUGGGACCGUUCAACUGGGACCGUUAAUCGCCCAGAAACGCCUAAAUCAGACAAUCAAGAACCUGAUCCCCCGACUGCCCCUGGAUUUUCCAAAAAAGGGAAAAAGGAGAAAGAAAAGGAAAAAGAGAAGGAGAAGGAGAAGAACAAAGAGAUAUCAGUGUCGCCAGUAUCAGGGGGUAGUGGUGGUGACCAUGAGGAGGAUGAUGAUGGGAAAAAAGACGGCAUAGGUGUGCCCAAUAUUAUGGUGGAUGUAAUGGAACCUCGACAAUCGAUGUCGGAGAAGGUCAUGGACAAGAGCAUCUUACCAACUUUCGAAGAGGUYUUAGACGGCCUCGGGCUUGGUCCACAUGGUCCCCCAAUCCCACCUCCAGCCAAUUUUGCCGUCGUUCCUUAUCCUGUUCGACGUCGCUCUCCACUUGGUGCUGAUCCACCAUCRCAUUACAUUUUUGUUACCUCUGGUCCUGACGACCCUAAUGGYCCUCAAGAGGAAAAACCUAAAGAAACUGAGCAAGAGGUGGAAAAACCUACAGAAAGAUCUCAGGAACACAGCCGUAAAGGUGGUCGAGGAGGACGUGACGAUAGAGAGAGCGGAGGAACCAAGUCCCGUCGUGAGCGACAGAACUCCGGUCGUAAGGGAAAGUCGGGCCACGGUGCCGCUUCACCACCUCCUGGGGUCACUCCCACUGUUCCUGAAGAUGACAAAGGCGAGGGUGUUGUCGGACAAACAUCACCACAACUUGUAACCCACCGYUGGAUCAUCCAAGCCAACCAAACAGUAACACUUCGCAUAAAGUUCAGAUCAGAAGAACUCGGCCAAUUUGACCAGACUCUWAACUUUGAGAUAGCAGGCACAAGACGACGCUACCAGCUCUUUUGCCGUGGCGUGUGCGCGUUCCCUGCAAUCAGCCGCGAGCCUCGUGUUGUAUUCCCACACCGUAAGAAAUAUCGCAAGCCAGAUGAAGUGGUACAUAAGAAGUACAUCCUGAGCAGCGAAACGUUCGAGUUUGGUCCGCUAUUGUGUGGGAAGACUAGAGACCGAUACAAAGAAGAGAGAUACCCUGAGAAUGUUGAGAAGCUAACAGUACUGAAUACKUCGCCGUUGGAGUCUGAGAUUAGCUUCUGCUUUCAGCAAGACAGUACCGCAGUAACGUUCUUGUUGGAUCCACCGGUUAUGAAUUUAAAACCGGGACAGAGUCAGGAUCUAUCAAUCUGGGCGUAYCCAAAGACUCCGGGKUUUUUUGAAGAUGCUCUAGUGUGCUGCAUACGAGAAAAUCCAGAACCCGUAGUGUUCAAACUAUCUUGUCAUGGUGUCAGGCCAGAAUUGGAGCUGGACCGAAAGCAACUACAGUUUGACCGCGUUCUGUUGCAUAGGAAAGAUACACGCACGAUAUUCCUACGCAACAGUACCCUGCUGCCAGUAGCGUGGCGUCUUAAUGGCUUAGACAAUCUUGGAGAUGAUUUCUCUGUCACUACCGAACACGGGAUAAUAGAAGCAAAAUCUGAGUAUGCGAUGCAGAUGCACUUUCGAGCAGUUCGGCCAACUAACGUUAAAAAGAUCGUGCGUUUGGAGGUGUCGGACGUCGAGCAAAUUAUGGGACUUGUACAAGCUGAGAAUAUACAGGUGCAUGCCGAGGCUUAUGACGUAGCGCUGGAUAUGAGCUUCCCUAAAGGUACAGACGGAGGUCUGGACUUUGGCAUUCUCAAGGUCAUGGAUGAAGCCAAGCAGGCCUGCUCGUUGAAAAACAAAGGACGAUUUGAGAUCAAUUAUAACUUCGUUUUUGAGUCAAAUGAGACAGGCCCCUCAAACGCCCAGGAUCUCUUCACUGUAAUGCCAAACAGGGGACCGCUGCUCCCUACYGAUAGACCAACGCAGGUUCAAGUGAUCUUUAGAUCAAAGAAGGAGGUUACCAUCAAGGACCUACCGAUCUUGAAAUGYCAGAUAAUUGAGCCACACCUUGGUGAAGGYGGUGAAGUCAUCGCUAGUAUUCCCGUCAAGAUCAGUGUUCGUUCUGUCUACAGCAAGUACGCCAUUUCUCCAAUAAGUGACAUCAACUUUGGGGCACUGCUGGUCAAYAACAAGAAGGUCCUGGUUUUUGCUAUUGAAAACAAGGGGGAGUUUGAUUUCCGGUACUCAAUCCUCAAGAUGAUCAACACGGUCUCUCAAGGWCGACAGAAGCUGGGUCCUGCUGGRAAAAGRAGUAAAUCACGUGACGGGUCUAGUUCUGGACGGUCAGCGGAAAACAAGCCACCAAAGCCGAAAAGAGCUGAUUCUGUUAAAGGUGCUGAUAUAACAACAAUGGCUCCAAACAUUAGGCUGCAACUAGGGAUGUUUACCCUGUAUCCUGCACUUGGUACUGUACCAGCAGGCAGCUCAGUGCAGGUUACUGUUGACAUGCUCGCUGAAUCACCAGGAUUCUGGGAGGAGAACAUUGCUAUAGAUAUCUCCGACCGACCACCAAACGAUCACCCCCAGGGAAUCCCCUACAAGCUGAUCGGCGAGGCGUGUGUUCCCGGCAUCUCAGUYAUCAGUCCAUCAUCCAUUGGAUCAAUCUUCGAGGAGCACAUGAUAGUCAAGCAACUCAACGUGUUUCAGUACAUGACGCACGACCUCUCGAGCGGGGCGGGAGUAUAUGGCGAGGACGAAAAUAAGUUUAUUUUCUAUAACACGAUCGUGGGAAGGAAGGCCAAAGCUCGGUUUAGGAUUAGUAACAACAAUAAGGUACCAUGUGAUCUAGUCCUAUCCGUCAAACCGUUAUCAAACAAGCCGUCUGCACGAUGGCAUGACGUUUACGAGGUCGAGCCUCAACGAGCGUCGAUAUCGGCCCAUGACUACAUCUACGCUACUGUUACGUUUACUCCACCCUCCAUGCAGUCUUACUCGGCCAUCUUUGAAGCUGCGGUUGAUGGUAUGCCUAGCGUGGUGUCAAAAUAUCGAAACCUUACAUUUGAUAUUCAAGGUGAAGGAAAUCUGCCGAGAAUCUCAAUCAAGCGACCAACCUCSCGCAACAAGAAAGGCAACCCGGUUCUCCUCUUCCGCAGACUUCUCCUCCACCGAACACAGGUCCUCACUCUCAACCUACAGAACGAAGGGACUCUGAUAUCACGCGUUCUACUGACCCUGAAGGACCCUGAUGGYGUCUACACCAUCUCUUGUACAGAAAACACAAAACACCAGAUUCCACAAGACCAAGAAGACGCGAAUGUACGCAAAGGGAGCCGUAUUUCUGUYGUGGUCCCGAUGGGUGAGUCUGUGGAAUUCCGCGUGGAGUACACGCCCUCGUCUUCAGGACGCCAUGUCGGGGAGGUCAAACUAUCUGUGAUGGACAAUCCUUACGAAGAAGGACUUAUUCAGUUAAUCGGAGAGGGUUAYGAGGACGAUGUUACUAUUGAUAAUAUUCGCUCGUCGGGUGUUGUGGARAGUAUCCCUGAUAGUGCUGAAAUUGCUGAAAAUGCUCCAGCAUUAAGAGAAAACCAUGUAAGAUUCAACGACUGUGCUGUAGGAAUCCCCAAACAGCUGUCAUUUACACUUACCAAUCACUCAACUGUAGACACAGUCCGCUUUUCCUGGACUCCUCCACAAGAGAUCAUCUUUUCUCCUUGCAUUGGUCAUCUCAAUCCAGGAUGCGCCAAAGAUGUCUCCAUCACUUUUACGUCUGCUAAACCAAAGGUUCUCAAGACGCAGAAUAUUCCCUGUAAAGUGAGCAAGAUUAAAGUUGGUGACAACGAAGACAAGGCRGUAGACUGGGAUGAUCGUAAGCGCAUCGUUAAAUGGAUUGACCUCACGGCAGAAGACACACCCAGUGGAAAGCCCGAUGACACCUCUGUAACUGGUAGUGCACUAAAGUCACUGAAACCUGCUAAGAAGAAAGUUAUAGAAGUCGAACCUGAACCACCAUUCACACCGCUAGACGAUGGGCGUGACCUUGAGCUUCUGGUCAGCGGAGUGUGUGACUACUCCAAGAUGAGGUGCAAAACGGAAAAUGUGCAUUUCAAGGAUACACUUAUGUUCCAAACAAGAAUCUACAGCUUCACAGUUUCGAACAAGGGUGAAGUCCAGUUCGACUACCAGUGGRCUUUUGAAAGCCCCAGUCAAGGCAAACGAGUCAGCGUUGAUGAAGGUCCUGCACCGUCCGAGGGACGACCAGUGAGCAAUCAACACCCAACACGACCAAGUACAACAGUUACUGGCUCGUCAUCAGUUGAACCGACUAGAGUACGGACAGUUAGUAAAGUAUCCAGUGACAGACCACCCAGCGCUCUUGCAUUGGCCUAUGAGACUGCCAGCGUUGUCAGCGAGGUGGCAGCCGACAUGUUUCCCUUCACAAUUGAACCUGAAUGUGGAUCUAUUCCAGCAGGGAAGAAAGCGAAUUUUGUCCUCAAGUUUGCGCCUAUGGAUGUUAUUGACUAUAACUCAUUGCUGACGUGUCGAAUAACCAAUGCUACACCAGGAAAAGAGUCGUUCUCCAUCCCUGUUCGUGGGCGCGGUCUCUUACCYUACGCSCACUUUGAAUUAGAAGACUCGGAUUAUAUCACAGGCGGCCGUCGCAAUCCAGAACUKCGAGGAGCAAGUGGUGCACCCCCCGGAUCUACUCUGGACCCUAACACUAAAGUUAUUGAAUUCAAGUCUUGUGGAAUUAAAGUCAAGAAUCAAAAGCGCUUCAUGGUUCUCAAUCCAACCAAUUCAUCAUAUACMUUUACAUGGACCAACGAAGAYACCCUGGACGGUACUCCCCCUGAYAACUGCAACUUCCGCUGUAUGGUACCCAACGGCUCUAUUGACAGYGGCAAGAARGCUGAGAUGGUCUUYGAAUACGUGUCGGAUUCCUUAGACUUGGUGGAGUCGUUCUGGCGGUUCUUUAUACCGGAAUAUAAUAUUUCUGUGCCGUUUGUCCUCGUUGGCCACACACUGGAGCCAUCUCUGUCAUUUGAUAGGUCUCAUAUUAAUCUUAGGGAGAUCCUUGUCGGACAUCCCGUCAAUCAAACUGUACACCUUGUAAACGAAGAAGAAGUCCCAUUCAAUUUUACCUUCAAAGAAGAAUCCUUGCACACUGACGGCUACGCUUCAAGUCUGUCUGUAAAGCCUGUUUCAGGUUCUGUUGGACCUAAAGAAAGACUGCCAAUCGAGAUUUCGCUUGUUGCAUCGUCACAAAAAGAAGUCAAUUUCAACGUGCUUUGUUACGUCAAGAAGAAGACAUCUCCUUUGACGUUGAACGUGAAGGCAGAAGGCUAUGCUAUGAACGCACAACUGUUUUGUGAGGAUUCGUUGGGAAACAAGGUGGAACUAACUCCUAAAGGAACCAACAGGAUCAACCUUGGAGAGGUCGAGAUUAACGAGAAGGCAAUUCGCUCCCUGUUCAUCUUCAACUCAGGAAAGUUUAACUUCGACUACACCUGGGAAUUAGUUUAUAAAACCAAACACAAACGAUCCAGUGAGGUUUCCAUCUCUCCUGAAAGUGGUACCGUUCAGUCAAACACUCGUAAGCGUUGUCAACUUGUGUUCUGUCCUCUUACAAGGGUGUCUUUAAAAGGCUGUGAUCUGUUUCUUCGGAUCAAAAAUGGUCCRACAUUUAACAUUAACAUCACUGGAAGUGGAGUGCAGCCGGUCCUGAAUUUUUCGUUUUUGAAACAUGAUUUUGGGCCGUGCUUCCUUUACCGGGCAGGAAUGCCUCUACAGAAAGCUACACUGGUUAUAACUAACCAGGACAACAAAGACAUAAGCAUCGAAUGCCACUACGAAAGCACGGCGUACCUAGAGGUCCAUUCCCAGCCUGGUGUACUGCAUCCCAAUAAAACCAUGGAAGUGGAAUUUCUGUUUUAUCCUCGAGAAGCUAAGCAAUACCACAUGGUCAUUCCGUUCGAGAUCAAUGGCUUGUCGAAGAUGAACGUGGAGAUCUUUGGCGAAGGGACCGACAUGAAGGUGGAAGUUGCGAAUCCAGCCAACAAAAAAGUCAACCUGGGGGCUCUUCGAAUAGGGCAAAGCAGCCAGAAAUCCAUCCAACUCAUCAACCGAAGUCCUGCUACCAUCACAUUCACAGUGGCUGUCACCCCAACCACACUACAGCUACAACAAGACACUGGUGUUAUUACUGUACAUCCAACAAGAGAGAUCACACUUCGUGCUAAUGGCGGUACAGGCACCGUGGAUGUCGCCUUUAGACCUAAAGUUCGUAUUCCACAGUUUUCUGAGGAGAUAAUGCUAGAGUGCGCAGGUCUAUCACAGCCCAUCUUUAUGAUAACAGGAUCUUGUCAAGGAAUCGAGAUCUCCUUAGACAACGAAUCCCUUCCAUUUGGUGCCGUCAUGAUCGGAAGCAAGAGCACUAGACAACUCAUCAUGCACAAUACWGGAGACGUUGGAGCUGCCUUCGCUUGGAACUCGGAGAAGUUUAGCCCUGACUUYAGCGUCUCGCCAACUAAAGGCUACAUAUCGCCGGGGAUGGACGUGUCCUUCCAGAUUUCUUUCCAUCCAACCGCGGUUAAUCAUGACAUUAGAUAUGAGGGUCUACGCUGUGCCAUUGAAGGUUCCAAACCUCUAAAGCUCGUACUGACUGGAAGCUGUGUGCCACAAACACCAUUAAAAGAGGUCUURCACUUCACCACGCACGUCCGAACUCGCGAGACACGCAACCUCGUGAUUCACAAUCGAACCAAUCAGCUUUGGAUGCUGCGUCCUGUCAUUGAGGGAGAGCAUUGGUCAGGCCCUGACUCCAUAACCGUCGAGCCUCAACAGAGYAAGAAUUAUGAGCUGACGUACAGACCUAUUGUUAUGACUGUGGAAGGGAAGAAGCAUCAGGGAUCGGUAUUCUUCCCAUUACCUGACGGUAGUGGUUUGUUAUACAAUAUAACGGGUACAGCCGAAGGACCAAAGCCUGUCAGCAACAUACAACGAGAUGUCCCYUGUAAAACACCAUAUACUGAACUACUUAGCGUAUCAAACUGGCUUAGAAGACCUCAAAGAUUUCGAGUUAUCAUUGAGAUGAUYAAACCAGAAAAGCCCGACAAUGCUACUUCUAUCAAAGGUCUCGAUUACAUCGACGUCCCYGGUCUCUCGAAGAAGGACUAUAAACUGAACUUCUUUGCUCAUAAAGAACAGACUGUUAGUGCCAGGGUAACAUUUCGCAACGAACAGUCCAACGAAUAUCUAUUYUACUAUGUGACAUUCAAAGCGACAGCUCCUGGUGUUAUGGCCGCCAUUGAACUCUGCACACCUGUGAGAAAGAGCGCAUCCCACGUAGUGACCCUGCACAACCCACUCAAUGCGCCUGUGAACUUUAGUUCUCAGUGCACCGUAGCAGACAUUCAGCUGCCACCGAAUUUUACCAUCCCUGCAGUGUCAGAGGGCUCGUGCAUGUUCGAGUACUUACCGUUAAAAGCUGGUGAAKCAAUCCCUGGUAAGCUGUCAUUCCAUAGUUCUGAGCUCGGAGUUUAUCAGUAUGACUUGGUUCUUACUGCUACUCCUGCUGGACAAGAGGCCCCUGUUCAUUUCCGUGCAAGCCUCGGGACGACGCAAGUCCACACGUGUCGUUUUGUCAGUUUUGCGAAGUCGAAAGUUGAAUAUACAUGCAAAGUGGACAACAGUGAUUUCCACGUUGAAAAGACCAUCACUGCCGCAUCAGCGUCAAGCGGAGGAACAGAAGUAGGCGUAGAUGUCACCUACGAGCCCAUUCGACUMGGUGAUACUCGGGCCACUCUUACAGUGUUCUCGUCUGUCGGCGGAGAGUACAUCUUCCCGCUGUUUGGACACUGCUCAGCGCCUAAGCCACAAGGCCCGUACAACAUCAAAUCGGGUGCAACCACUUCUAUUCCUUUCAAGAACGUGUUCCCAAGCACAACGCAGUUUCAGUUUUUCGUGGAUAACCCGUGYUUUAACGUCAAAGCUAGCGAGACAAUACGCGCAAAGAAGACGCACAAUAUCAUUGUUGGUUAUGAGGCAGGACAAACUGCGUCUAAAGCCCCACGUAUGGGAAAACUGCUGAUCUCGUGUCCUAAGAGCGCAGGUGGAACGGGAAACAUAACAUGGACAUUCUACUUGAAAGGGAAUAUUCACUGAAUUUUGUAUUUAUUUCAUUAUUUCAAACGAUUUUGUGCAGAUCAAUGUAUUAUUUUGUGAUARAGUUUGACAAAUAAAAUUUCUCUUGAAUAUAAAAA